CAGUUGAAUAACAUAUUUAAACAAAGAGGUUUGGAACUAUCGUAGGCACAAGUGUAAGUAUAUAGUCAACAGAGUUUUUCCGGUGAUACAGUAUAUGUCAGGUCUUUGCACAGAGGUUUUCCAAGUGGUUUUAUCAUCAUGUAUCUAAAGGUAAGGUUAUAUAGAUUUAAAAUAUGCACUACUACAUGAUAUAAUGGUUGUUCAAAUUAUAAUUCAAUACAGCAUAGUAAUUUGCUACAUCUAGUUCUUUUUAAUCAGUAGUCCAAUAGCCAAUACUUAAUUGUAACUUCGAAUCAGUGAUUGAUCCUUGAUCUAUAUUGGCAGCAUAUAUGAUAAAAUAUAUAAUAGACUACUUGUUGUUGAUGUCAAUGAUAUCCUUCUUCGCGGCAAACAACUCACUUUGGUCUUUGUCCUUUGGGAGGUAGUUCUAGCAUGAGUAUUUACUGUAGUUGAAAGUGAAAUGAUUAUCUUUAAGAAAUAACGAGAAUAUUGCUGCAUGAUUGUCGAAUUCAGAUUGUUCAGCUGGUACAUGUAUGGCGGUAUUUCCCAUACACAUUCCUAAGUUACAAGUAACAUAAUUUCGAUAGCGCUCGAGCGAGAAAAUGCUCAGUCGCGGGGAACAAAUACGAUGAACGGUAUAUGCCAUAAAAAAACAAAACCAUAAGUCACCUGCGCUGGCUGCGCAUAGCCUAUAUAGGAAGAGCAAAAGGAAGAAUAAGUUUUGUUAUCAAUAUGAAACACACCCCCAGACGGCCAGAUUCGACUUAAAGAUCUCGCAAUCUGCUAGGCCUGUCCGCUUCGGUAGUUUCGGUAUAAUGUAUUUUGCCAGAGAGACUGAAUGCCAUGCAGAUUGAAAUUGGUUUCAUUACAUUUGAAUGUCAUGCAGUAGAGUAAGGAGUUUUCGACGUAGCUCAGUUAGAGAAUGAAAUCCCAUGACCAGAUCGAAAUACUCGUAAAUAGUUCCAUAUAUUUUUAUCUAUCUCUUACGAUUGACUAUCUAUCUGCAUUUCCGCGCAUCUGAACAGAAGAUACACCCCAUCUAUUAAUAAACUGGCAAUGUCUAUCAACGUUGAGCAAAAUCCCACACCCCCACCCACCCCUCCCCUUCCCUCAUUUUCCCGCCCGUACGGCUAAUGAUAAGAGACUACGAGUAAGUUGCACAUCCGCCACCGGAAAUCGGAAAUUCCUGUCUUCAGUCAAGGGUACUAACGUUCGGCUGGUCUAAAUGGGUAUCACGUGUUGUCCAAACAGUUCGAUAAUAUAUCACAGAGGACCUUCUCUUUAUUUCGUCUUUCUCUCCCUCUGUAAGAAAGUUAUUCAUAAUUACUAGUGUUUCGUUUCCCCUCGUGAUGCGAACUUAUCCCAGACAAAGUAGGCGACUUGCGGAGGAGGUUAUUAUAUCUGUUCACGUCAUAAAUUCAGCUUUCUGUUGUCUGUACGAUUGUACGAACAUUGAUACUAAUUUUAACUAAUUUUAAUCAUUGAACUGAUAGGAAGUUUUUGCUGCAGAAGCUGUUCAUACGCCGUAACAUAGUACUAUUUUAAAAAAAAUCUUAUACUUAGUUUAUACUUAAAACGUCUUCGAUGCUCGCUGCGGACUCAUGACAUUUUAUGUGAAGAGUCUACCGUUCUACCGAAUCGAAAAUCGUGGGUUAUCUAAUUCUGGUACUCUGGAAACUUAUCUUUCACUGUAUCCGUCGUUCUCCAUGAGCAGAAAUGAGUCACGAGGUGGCUACCAGGGCACCCUCGAAAAGCCGCCUUCGACUCAAGCAAGUCGGUUCAGAUGCGUCUUUCGAAAUUCAGCUUAGAUCUUAGCUUCAAGUUUCAAGGAUGAUUAGCAAACACUCACUAAACUCAUAAAAUGUAGUUCUUUGUAGAGUAUAUUCUAAGAGCAAUGUUGUGGGACUGAAAUGAUAACAAGCUAAUGCUUACUACAAUCUCGUGCAACUUUUGAUAUUUCGUUCAAUUUCCGUGAUUACUUCUGUCCCUCCCCCCCUAUACAAUUUUUGAGAAAAAAAUUUGACCUGACAAUAUAACUUUGUAUCGUCUGUCCAACAUUGUUUAUGGGGGGAGGGCAAUGGCUAAUUUAUUUGUCUCAAUAAUUUCUGCAUGAGAUUGUAGAUUAUCCAAAGAGGUGGGGUAGGGUGGGUUGGAGUGACAAGAUGCAGGGGUGAAAAGGCGUGAAAGGUGCAACAUGUACACAUGGAAAGUUGCAGCAUGUGUUUUUGGUUCUUGCAAAUUCUUCAAUUAUGUUGUUUUGAAGAAAUAACUUUCAUAAGAUUUCAUAUACUGGCAUUUUUUCAUGUUGAUCCUGGAGCCACAUAAAUUAUCUAAUGAUCCUAGUCAUCAACUACAGAUUAUUAAAAUCAUUACUGCAUCAUUUUUUUACCCCCCCAGAUAAGUCUCUCUCUUCUAUACCCAUGUCUAAGAGUCUAGUUAGGUAAUGUGAAUGAAUUAGGAAAUAACUGAGACAAUUUUACAUAUUUUUCCUAGAGUUUCUCGACAAAUAUUGUUCUAACCGCCAUCCUGUUUAUCAUGAUUCAUGUUAACAAAUCAGUUGCUCGCAUGGAACGUGGCAGUUCAAAUCUAAGGAAAUUCCUGAAGUAAGUACAAACCAUUAUCAUGCAUGCCCGUAAAGUUAGGCGCAGUACAAGGUGCAUGGUAUUAGAGAGUUUUCGAUUUAGCUACGAGAUUGUACGAGAUUGGUUUAUUUGGAUACGCCAUGUAGAACUUGCUUGCUUGCUUGCUUACUUCACAAAGAGGAAUAGCCCCCUGGUAGCUAGAGGAUCAUAAACUUCACAAAGUUCGUACACUUCAUCCAGUUUCAUUUGUUUUAUAUGUAACUUUAUUACCAAAUCAUGUGUAAAAAGUCAAUUCUCAUAUUUCAGAUACGAUGAGGAGAAAAUUUCUUGGUUGAGACAAAAGCGAACCCAUGCAUACAGAGAUCCCUGUGAAAAAGACGAAAACGUUGUAAAUACAGGUAGUUUGGACACGGACAGUUGCUCAACUUGUAUGUACUUUCCAUCAACACUCAAAGAAGUCAAGUGUAGCACGGGCAAUGGUUUAAAUGUGAGGGGCAAAACAAGUUGCAAUUAUAAUAUUGAUGGUGAUUGUAUUAACAUCGAAGCAACUAUAAGUGUAAUCAAAGUAUAUUCAAAUGGUCAGCAUGUACAACGUGAUGUCCAUCUCAAGGUUGGAUGUGCGUGUAUGUUGCUGCCGGUUUAAGUUUUAUGAAGCUUCAUCAUCUUUGUUCUUUACGUAACUGUAUUGGGAACUCUUAGAUAGAUAUUCGUCUAAGCACGGUUGUUAAAUUGUAGUUAGGGCAUUUUAACAAGUCGAAGUUACUGGUAAAGAUUAAUAGAUCUCAGUUUCGCAUGCAAAUUUUGUCAGUAUAAUUUAUUGCUUGAAUAUAUUACUGAACUCUACUCUAUAUAAUGUGGUGUGGAACUGACCUAAUUGGACUGACUGUACGAAGGCUGGAAGUCAAUUGUAAAAGGAGUAACUUUUUAAAUGUAAGGAGCAAAACAAGUUGUGCAUAUCAGUAAUAUUUCAGAUGCAUGAUUGUUUGGACAUCGUCGCAACAAUAUAUAAUAGUAUAUGGAGGGUGUACGUUGGUUAGCGACAGGGUACGUACAUCAGUCAUGUCAGUCUCAAGGUUGGAUGUGCGUUCAUGUUGCCGUCCUUUGGAUGAAUCUUCAUUUGCUUUCUAUCUAUCUUUGCUUUUUAUCUAACUGUAUUGUGAACUCUCAUGUAAAUAUUCAUCAAAACACCACUAACUAAUACCUCAAGAUUGUAGAUUGUAGUCCUGGCAUUUUAACAAGGGGAACUCAAU